UGCACCGCGUUUCCCGCGCGGGCUAACCUCGGUACCCAAGCGGAAGGCACGGCCUUUUACGCUAACGCCGCUGCCAUGGGCUUCCUGAAACUGAUUGAGAUCGAGAAUUUUAAAUCGUACAAGGGUCGUCAGAUUAUCGGACCAUUUCAGAGGUUCACCGCCAUCAUUGGACCCAAUGGCUCUGGUAAGUCAAAUCUCAUGGACGCCAUCAGCUUUGUCCUUGGUGAAAAGACCAGCAACUUGCGGGUAAAGACCCUGCGAGAUCUGAUACAUGGAGCUCCUGUGGGCAAGCCAGCUGCCAACCGAGCCUUUGUCAGCAUGGUCUAUUCUGAGGAGGGUGCUGAGGACCGCACCUUUGCCCGUGUCAUUGUAGGGGGCUCUUCCGAGUACAAGAUCAACAACAAAGUUGUCCAGCUACAUGAAUACAGUGAGGAGUUAGAGAAGUUGGGCAUUCUCAUCAAAGCUCGUAACUUCCUCGUCUUCCAGGGUGCAGUGGAGUCUAUUGCCAUGAAGAACCCCAAGGAAAGGACAGCUCUAUUUGAAGAAAUUAGUCGCUCGGGAGAACUUGCACAGGAGUAUGACAAGCGAAAGAAAGAAAUGGUGAAGGCUGAAGAGGACACGCAAUUUAAUUACCAUCGCAAGAAAAAUAUUGCAGCUGAGCGCAAGGAGGCCAAACAAGAGAAAGAAGAGGCGGACCGCUACCAGCGCCUGAAGGAUGAGGUGGUCCGAGCACAGGUACAGUUGCAGCUCUUUAAGCUCUACCACAAUGAAGUAGAGAUUGAGAAGCUCAACAAGGAGCUGGCCUCUAAGAACAAGGAGAUUGAGAAGGACAAGAAACGGAUGGACAAGGUAGAGGAUGAACUGAAGGAGAAGAAGAAAGAGCUGGGAAAAAUGAUGCGGGAACAGCAGCAGAUUGAGAAGGAGAUCAAGGAAAAGGACUCAGAGUUGAAUCAGAAGCGCCCUCAGUACAUCAAAGCCAAAGAGAAUACAUCCCACAAAAUCAAGAAGCUUGAAGCAGCCAAGAAGUCUCUGCAGAAUGCUCAGAAACAUUAUAAGAAACGGAAAGGUGACAUGGAUGAGCUAGAGAAGGAGAUGCUGUCAGUGGAGAAGGCCCGACAGGAGUUUGAAGAACGGAUGGAGGAAGAGAGUCAGAGUCAGGGCAGAGACUUGACCCUGGAGGAGAAUCAGGUAAAGAAAUACCACCGAUUGAAAGAAGAAGCUAGCAAGAGAGCAGCCACUUUGGCUCAGGAGCUGGAGAAAUUUAACCGAGACCAGAAAGCUGACCAGGACCGUCUAGAUCUAGAAGAGCGGAAGAAAGUAGAGACGGAGGCCAAGAUCAAGCAAAAGCUGCGGGAGAUUGAAGAGAAUCAGAAGCGGAUUGAGAAGCUAGAGGAAUAUAUUACCACUAGCAAGCAGUCUCUAGAGGAGCAGAAGAAACUGGAGGGAGAAUUGACAGAAGAAGUAGAGAUGGCCAAGCGCCGUAUUGAUGAGAUCAAUAAAGAGCUGAACCAGGUGAUGGAGCAAUUGGGGGAUGCGCGCAUUGACCGCCAGGAGAGCAGCCGUCAGCAGCGAAAGGCAGAAAUAAUGGAAAGCAUCAAGCGUCUCUACCCUGGUUCUGUGUAUGGCCGCCUCAUUGACCUCUGCCAGCCUACACAAAAGAAGUAUCAGAUUGCUGUGACCAAGGUGUUAGGAAAGAACAUGGAUGCUAUUAUCGUAGACUCAGAGAAGACAGGUCGGGAUUGUAUUCAGUAUAUCAAGGAGCAACGUGGAGAGCCUGAGACCUUCUUGCCUCUUGACUACCUGGAGGUGAAACCUACAGAUGAGAAACUCCGGGAGCUGAAGGGGGCCAAGCUAGUGAUUGACGUGAUUCGCUAUGAACCACCUCACAUCAAAAAAGCUCUGCAGUAUGCUUGUGGCAAUGCUCUUGUUUGUGACAAUGUGGAAGAUGCCCGGCGCAUUGCCUUUGGAGGUCACCAACGCCACAAGACAGUGGCACUGGAUGGAACCCUGUUCCAGAAGUCAGGAGUUAUCUCUGGUGGAGCCAGCGAUCUCAAGGCAAAGGCACGACGCUGGGAUGAGAAAGCAGUAGACAAGCUAAAAGAAAAGAAAGAGCGGUUGACAGAGGAGCUGAAAGAGCAGAUGAAGGCAAAACGGAAAGAGGCAGAACUGCGUCAGGUGCAGUCUCAGGCCCAUGGGCUACAGAUGCGACUGAAGUACUCACAGAGUGACCUAGAACAGACCAAGACAAGGCAUCUUGCCCUGAAUCUCCAGGAAAAAUCUAAGCUGGAGAGUGAGCUAGCCAACUUCGGGCCUCGCAUUAAUGAUAUCAAGAGAAUCAUCCAGAGCCGAGAGAGGGAAAUGAAAGACUUGAAGGAAAAGAUGAACCAGGUGGAAGAUGAGGUGUUUGAAGAGUUUUGUCGGGAGAUCGGUGUGCGCAACAUCCGAGAAUUUGAGGAAGAAAAGGUGAAGCGGCAGAAUGAAAUUGCUAAGAAGCGCUUGGAAUUUGAGAAUCAGAAGACUCGCUUAGGCAUCCAAUUGGAUUUUGAAAAAAACCAGUUGAAGGAGGACCAGGAUAAAGUGCACAUGUGGGAACAGACAGUGAAAAAAGAUGAAAAUGAGAUAGAAAAGCUUAAGAAGGAAGAACAAAGACACAUGAAGAUAAUAGAUGAGACCAUGGCUCAGCUGCAAGACCUUAAGAAUCAGCACCUGGCCAAAAAGUCAGAAGUGAAUGACAAGAAUCAUGAGAUGGAAGAGAUUCGCAAGAAGCUUGGGGGUGCCAACAAGGAAAUGACUCAUUUACAGAAGGAAGUGACAGCCAUUGAGACCAAACUUGAACAGAAGCGCAGUGACCGCCACAACCUGCUACAGGCCUGUAAAAUGCAGGACAUCAAAUUACCACUGUCAAAGGGCACCAUGGAUGAUAUUAGUCAGGAAGAAGGUAGCUCCCAGGGAGAGGAGUCAGUGAGUGGUUCCCAGAGAACAUCCAGUAUCUAUGCUCGAGAGGCCCUCAUUGAGAUUGACUACGGUGACCUGUGUGAGGAUCUGAAGGACGCACAGGCGGAGGAAGAAAUCAAGCAAGAGAUGAACACGCUACAGCAAAAGCUGAACGAGCAGCAGAGCGUGCUUCAGCGGAUUGCUGCCCCCAACAUGAAGGCCAUGGAAAAGCUAGAGAGUGUCCGAGACAAGUUCCAGGAGACCUCAGAUGAGUUUGAGGCAGCACGAAAGCGAGCAAAGAAGGCCAAGCAGGCAUUUGAGCAGAUUAAGAAGGAGCGCUUUGACCGAUUCAAUGCUUGUUUUGAAUCUGUGGCUACCAACAUUGAUGAGAUCUAUAAGGCUCUAUCCCGAAACAGCAGUGCCCAGGCAUUCCUGGGCCCCGAGAAUCCUGAAGAGCCCUAUUUGGAUGGUAUCAACUACAAUUGUGUAGCUCCUGGCAAACGUUUCCGGCCUAUGGACAAUUUGUCAGGCGGGGAGAAGACAGUUGCAGCUCUGGCCUUGCUUUUUGCUAUUCACAGGUGGCAAAUUACAUCAAGGAGCAGUCAACUUGCAACUUCCAGGCCAUUGUCAUCUCUCUCAAGGAAGAGUUCUACACCAAGGCUGAGAGUCUUAUUGGAGUCUAUCCUGAGACACUAUUGUUACAGUGGAAGAAGAGACCCUGCCUCAGUAAAGCGGCAAGAUGUGACCAUCACAGUUACAAGCUCCCAGCACCUGAAGAUGCCUUCACUAUUAGACACAAGAAUGGACCCAUCAACAGUUGGGCAUGGAUGGAGAAGAAACUCGAGAGAACCCCCACCCGACCCUGCUGGACUAGUUCCUACUGAUGGAUUCAGGAGAAAACAUCGCCGUCAGUUGUAUACUCACCAAUAACCCCAUCAGACUUCAAUGGGUAAAAUGAGUCACCAAACCAAACCGAAAGCCAUAAAUCUGAGAAAGGAACUAGUAUGGAUGGGGGUUGGGGAUGCUUACAGGGGUGAAAGGGAGAUGAGAGAGAGUGUGCUAGGGAGAGCAAUCAGAAUGUAAAUCUAUAUAUGUAUGAAAUUGUCAAAUAACAAAAUGAGCCAGUUUUGAAAAAUAUAGCAAUGAGAAUCUGAUUGGAAAUUCAGUAGGGGCCAGUACUAGGCAAAGCGACAGAUUCCCCAUAGGAUGGUAAGAAGAAUUCUAAGUCUUAUGCUACAGUCCACGAUCCCCAGAAUACCAAGAGCCUGUCUUUGAGAUGGCUCAGCUCUUCCCAGAGGAGGUCACUGUCUUUGCCUAAUGGGUUGACACCACAGCAAGUAAGCCUUGACAUGAGCAUGCAGUUUCAUUUGCUGUGCUGUGCGAUGGGAACCUCACAUGCACCUGGCCAACUGUGAGAGGGUAACUGAUGUCUGUUUCUGUUAUGCAUAUCCAAGAUUCCUGACUGAUCUAAGAAUCCUGCAUUUUACUGGUGACAUCUUGAAGCAACUUCUUAGGUAAAGAAAGGUAAGAAAGGAUGGCUCCAAGGUUGAGCAGUGACUACUCUUCCAGAGGUCCUGAGUUCAAUUCCUAGCAACCACAUGGUGGCUCACAACCAUCUAUAAUGAGAUCUGGUGUCCUCUUCUGGCAUGUAGGUGUACAUGCAGGCAGAGCACUGUAUA